AUGAAUUCUUUUGCUAUUGAACUAAUGCCUCAUUUGAUUCAACGUUCGUCCAGCCUGAAGCCGGUUUUCUUACUGAAUGGCUCUCGACAGGACUGCGAGCUGGUUAUAGGUAUCACAACUACACACUCGGAUAAGGAACUCUAUAUUCUGGUUUCACUCAUGAAUUUGAUUGACGCCAUGAAUGAAAAGGAAAAGGGCAAAACUCUUAUAAUAGUUUUAGUAGCUGAAUUGAUUUUGGAUCAGGUGCGCCCGUUAUUGGAGCUACUUGCCUUUGUGUUCGCUGAACACGUCCAUAGUGGUCUUGUCGAAAUAGUGGUACCCUCUCCGCAUUAUUACCCCGAUUUGGAAACGUUAACAACUAAUCCCCUUGACCCAUCCAAUCGAGUGAAGCGCCGUACGAAGCAAAAUCUUGACAUAUUGUAUCUUAUGGCCUAUGCUCGCCCCAGAGGGACUUAUUAUUUAAGUCUUCGAGACGAUAUAACCGUUAAGUACCGAUUCGUCGAGCAUAUAAUGGAUUUUAUAAAGACCACCUCCGACACGAAUCCUCACUGGUAUGUUCUGGAAUUCUGUAACGUCCGAGGUGUUGGGAAAGUGUUUAGAACUAAAAGUAUGGUCCAAUUCAUGACAUACAUUCAAAUCUUCUACAAAAAUAUGCCGAUUGAUUGGCUUCUGAACAGCUAUAUCGCUAAUAGCUCUUGCUCUCGAAACAAGACAACGGAAACAUGUAAGAAGAAUAAAUUGAAAAGCAAACCUAAAUAUCCAGUAUCACUGUUUAACCACAUUGGAUUGUAUUCUACUAGCGAGGGAAAGGUUCAGAUAUUGAAGCAUUUAAAUACUGACGAGGAAACUCUAUUCACUGCCCACGACAACCCGCCGGUUGAUCGAGUUUAUACAGACAUACCGGCAUACGAUAAGCAUACGCUUUUAAGAGCUUAUGAGGGAGAAACGUUCUUCUGGGGAAAGAAGCCGGUGGAAGGAAACGUUGUGGAAUUUUGGUUUAGGGAGCCCACUAUUAUUGUCAGCUAUGCCUUCGGAACCGGCAAUAUUUUGCAUGAAAAGGACAAAUUUUAUCACGCCGUGGUGGAAGUUCUUCCGUAUAAGAGACAUCAGUUCAUCUAUGACAAAGAUUUCGGAGAAUUUGGCUAUGUUUAUGGGGAUCUGCAUUUCGGAGAGUUGGUUGCCAUUAGAAUUCGAGUCACCAAGAACAGCACCCACAUGGUUGUCCUAUCUGAGGUAAGAUACAACUGGUGA